AUGAUCGACGCAAAAUCAGCGCUAGAAAAACGCUUCGAAGAUCGCCAAAGAAGACGGCAUGCAGAUCGCCAUAAAGCGCUAAAAAAUCGAGUGGCACCAUCAAAGGACCAAGUUCAAAGAAGCUUUUAUUUCCGAGGAAUUCAUUUCAAUCUCACGAAUGCAUUGGCGACUGCGAGAAAAGUAGAGGGAACUAGGUUGUUUGAAUGCAAUGAUCGAUGGUGCUAUUGGUGUUGGCUAGACCUCUUUUGCUUUCCGAUUGCAAGCUAUAAACUGGGCAAAUUACUGCGCUUUUCACUGCCAUUCUUUCGUUUCAUUUGCCUCGGCUUUGCUCUUGUCAUCCUGGUCGCUCUUUGGCUCGUCUCAGAACUCUAUUUUCCUUCGCCGGUGAUUCGAUACAUGGUUUUAGCAGGACUUUGCUGUUAUUUUUUGCAACGAUGUCUUCUAAGGAGAUCUUAUAAUGAACAAUUAGGUCAUUUUUGCUGCGAGUGGUUAGAAAAAGAUCAAAAUUUCAGGCAAGAAAUGGACACAGAUUGCGUUGCGGUGAUUUACGAUAUCAUUAUCGCCCUGAUUUGUUGCCCUUUUUGUGCAACCGCACAGGCCGCAGUACACAUGGAGAUGAACAGCUACUACGCAUCCCCGGUCGAUUCUGAAGUCGAUGAUCGGAUGGAACUACCGAUUCAUGCGCUUUUGGCAAUGCUUUCCCAGACAUCAAAGUCUCCUUUGCCAAUUGACUCAGAUCCACAACACAGAUCAAGUCCUAUUCCGACAAUUUCAAGAGUACUAGACGAGCUUCAAGCUAAAAGAGAAGCCGAAUUCAGUAACCGACAUUCCCAAGUUUAG